AUGGGAGAUUCUCCUCAUAACAGGAACUUGAUCAAACAACACCAGCUUCGUAUAUACGAAGAAUCACAAUCGUACCUUCGCGAACAGAACCUUUCACUACUCCGCAAAUUGAAUCAGAAAGAGAAACUCCUUCAACGCUACAAGUCUGAACAGGAUAUGAAUGCGCGAGCUUUGAAGAAGUUUGAAUUGGAGAAUCAGAAACUUGCUUCCGCGUGUCAGGAGUUGUUGGAUAGAGGGAAUAAUUUGGAAAAGGAAAUUGCUUUGUAUGAACAUGAUAGGGAAGCGUUGAUGGAAUUUGGGAAUGAAGCUGAUGAACGAGAACAACAGGCGAGAUCGCGUGUUUUGGAAUUGGAAAGGAAUUUGCAAUUCGUUAUGGAUGAAUUGAAAAAUUACAAGCAUCAAAAGGAUUUAAAGGGUUCUUCUCCUUACUGCUCUGUUGAGAUAAAGAAUUUACUUGACUCUCUUUUGGAAACACUUGUAAGCAAAGAUGAUGAUUCUACACAUGCCUUUUUGAAAGCAAAUCUUGAAAACGGGUCAUGUAAAAGGUUGCUGAGUAUGUGGAACUGCCUAAAGCCAUCAACUCAUAGAGUUUUGUCUCUAGUUGCCAAAAUCAAGUCACUUCAAAAAGAUAAGGAGCAUCUAAGAAUUAACCUUCACAAAGCUGAGGAGGAGGUCAAAUUAUUGUUUGAUGAAAACAGCAUAUUGGACAAGGAGAACAAACAGCUAUUGAAGAAAUACAAGGAAAGGAACCACCCUAGUUCGGGCGAGAAACAUACCGGUAGCCAGUCUGCCAAGUCAAACAAGAGAAAGUCUAGUAGUCCCAGAACAAAUAGCCCAGUGGAGCAGAAAGAAAGGAACAACUCCAAUUCGAGUGAGAAACAUACCACCAGCCCAUCUGCCAAGUCCAGCAAAAAAAUGUGUAGUCCUCGAACAAGUAGAAGUAGCGCAGUGGAGAGGAAGAUUGAUUUUGACGAUAUAGAUUCAGCAAGACAACCAUUAUCACCGUUAGCAUAUAACUCCCCAGACUGUAGAAUACAUAAGAAAUAA